AGACUAACUCUGCAGCAUUCAAAAUGGCCGCCAACAACUCGGCCGAUGAUUUGGAGUAUAAUGAGUUCUACAGAGCUCUACAAACUCAGUAUCUGGCUUUAUACGAGCGGGCACAGUCUGACUGCUGGCUAGUCUGUGUCCCAAUUUCAGCAUCUCUCCCUCCUCCUCCUGAUAUCAGCUACAACUUUGUAGCUGCUCAUCUUUUGGAGCCAUCUAAGCUAUACAGAGAUGAGUAUUCGUCGCUCCUGACAAGUGGGAAGAGAAAGGUUUGGAGGCUUGAGUCCAAAGAGUUGAAGACUAUAGACGAUUCUUACUGUGUACGGGUACUCUCAGAGGAACUGGCGUACAACAGAUCCUUUCAGCACUAUCGAAUGUUAAUGAUUGACCGCCCACUUGUGGAGGGAUCUCAAAAGAGACGGAAAACUGUUACUAACGAUGAGCUGUUGGUACCUAAAAGAACUUUAAAAGAGCAACUUGAGCUAUUGGCUAACUUCCAGAAACACACUGAAAUAAAACGUGAAGUCGACAAACGCAUUGACAUGUUCCGAGAGAAUUACAUGGUCCUUGAAGGUUUUCUAACUGACGCUUCUAGCAGGAUUGAGAACCUCAUUAAACAAGCAUACACUAGUUAUAUUCGUGAGCAUCAGUCAGACAAGAAGGUUCAUGAUAGACGUAUUCAAGAAAUGAUCUGGAUAGCUUUAGAAAGUUACAUUGUCACGCAGCUGCAUGGUAAAGUGUAUUCAAAAAUCAUCUCAAGGCAUCGAAAAGAAAACCAAAUGUUUUAUGAAAGAUGUAAAGAACUUUCGUCCACUUUAACACCAGCUGCACUGGGACUGCCUGUGGACUAUUCCUGUCCUUAUAAGGAAACUAUCGAGAAGUUGAAUACGAUGAGUCAGCAAAACACACCAAUUGGAAAGUUAUAUUGUCUACAGGAGACCAUAGAUAAUAUACAAACUGAUGUUAAGAAUCAUUUCAAAUCGUCACUUAGAAUUGGAGAGCCAGUUCCAUUGCCAUCGGAUGAUCUAAUAUCACUACUGGCAACUAUUAUAGUACAAGCAAAUUUGAAUUUCUUUCCAAGUGAUGUUUAUUAUAUUGAAAACUUUCAUUGGCCAUUCAGCGAAGGAGAGAAGUUGAGUUUUGUACUAGUUACUGUGAGAGCAGCUUUGGAAUUCAUCAAAAGUGCUGACGUCGACAAAUAUUUGCCAACAAAACAGAAAAAGAAAACAAGUUUACCCUCUCGAGUGACUCCGCCCAUACAUUCAUCAUUAGCCCUGCCCACUGUACCCCCGUCUUUAUUAAAGCUUCACGACGAGGAGGAGGGGAAAAAGGAGGUUCCUCCGUUAAAUGAAACAUUAGAAAAACUGAAAAGAUUAAGAAUGAUUGAUGAUAAUAUUGUCACUGACAGAAACAACAUGUCAACUAAACCAGAGAAACAGGAGGGACGGUCGUUUUUUGAAAGGUUAAUGUAUGACGAUGGCGUAAUGAGUUCAGUUGAUUUCCCCAGUCCUUCAAAAUCAUGAAUGAAUGAAUGCUGCACUCUCCCCCCCCCCUCUCCCUCUUUCCCUGUCUUAUCUCUUGUUGUGAAUGAUUAUUAUAUUGUUAUUAUUAAUAUUAUCUUUUAAAGCAA